UCCGGGAGUCCGCCGACUUCCCCUCCGUUGUCCGGCCUCACUUCAUGUUCCCCGAUGCCUACCAAGAGUCUUCUGAACAGUGUUGCUGGUGCUGCACAUUAUUCUGGAAUGGCGACUGAGGAAGGUAUACACGAGCAGUUCGAGCCCACGUUCGCAGAUGGGGAGGACCGAACAGAACUUGGCCCCGUCCGACAGGCAAUACUUGAUUCUGUCCUAGCUCUCUACUCCGGAAAUCCAUCCAUCGAAAUAUUUUCGACAUAUUGGAGGAAGGACGCGGUGUUUGAGGAUCCUCUGACUUUGUGUCAUGGGUAUCGGGAAUAUGCUGCUCAAGUAAGCCACUUUGCGAAGUUUGUAUCCAAGACUGUAACUGUCUCGCAUCGCGUGUUGGCUUCGACCACCUCGCCAAGUCGAAUAGUGUACAGUCAAGUCCAGGAAUACACCUUCAAAUUCAUGAAGCAGAAAAAAACAAUUCAUUCGAUGGUGGUUAUACAUCUUGAUCGCGAAGAGAAAAUCAUCAAACUUGAAGACAAAUGGAAAGGCAUCGACCAGCCUCAUAAAUAUGGUGCUCUCUUCUUCCGAAGGCUUAACGCAAAGACUCUUCCUUUCCUCAUUAAGUAUCCUAAG